GGUACAUUAUGCAAGAACCCUCUUUUCCCAUAUUCCCUUUGUUCAUCCUUCUUACAUCUAUCUAUCUAUCUACCUACCUGUCGCUGGACAUCUUUACCGUUGGUACUCCCCAGCUUCUCAGUCAUCCCAUUCAGCUUCCUCGAGACCUGAAGCUGGCAGAAACAUUCUUCGGUGGAUAUCCUAUGUCUGACACUAUCACGAUUCGACCACGACCUCGUUAUCUCAUCAGCUCGCAGUGAACCCCGCUCGACUCAUUGAUUAUUUGCCCGACUCCCUGUCACUCUGGGGGUCAAACACACCUCUUCCGACGUUGUCGGUCGUUACUUGCAGACCAAUCACCACCUAUUCCCUCUACUCGUGGUUCUCUGCAAGCUUUCCUCUGGCGAUCCUUGACGAGCGCCACCAUAUCACUUGACUAUCUUAAUUGGCCAUAUCCGUCGACUCCCACGUUCACACCGGCUGUGACGCAAGUCUUGCUAAGCUUUCUUGAUACUCGACCUCAUUGUCAGAACACAAUUCCUCAUCCCUGUCAUCAAGGCUUUAUAUAGCUUGAUUUCACCCUUCUCGCUUUGAUCGUCGUUCAGUUUUCUUCACGCUCAAAUCAUCCACUAUGACGACUCCAGGCCCAAUCAUCGACUUUGGUCCCAACCCUCCUCAUGGCCCUGAUGUUGAUGGACAACAUCCUCCUCUGAAAGACCCUCACUUCGAUAUGAGCCAGACAGAGAAGGAGAUCUUUCAAACCGUUCUCAAACCCGACGACAGCUAUAAUGACAAUGGCGUCUACUGGGCAGACCUUCCCUUCCUUCAACGCUUCAAGUUCGUCAGCAAGGUCGACCGCGAAGAAACACGCAGAGAGGCUAGAGCCACCUGGGAAAUGUUCAAGAAUGAUCCUCUUUCUCCUGUGGCAUUUUACUUUAGGAAUAUGGUCCUCCCAGGUGCUGGGCUCGGCCUUGAGGGCUACGUCUUGUUUUCCAUCGGAAAUCUGAAGCCUCUUUUUCAAGGAGGCUUUCCAGACUGCUGGAAAACUCAUGAAAUCUGCAACAAGACCUGGCUCAAUGCCAUUGAGUACCUCGAAAUCUCGGGCAUCAUUGUUGGACAGAUCCUGGUCGGAAUCAUCGGUGACUGGAUCGGCCGUCGAUGGGGCCUCAUUCAAGAUGCUGGCAUCAUGUUUGUCGGUCUAAUCAUGCUCACAGCUUCGUGGGGCGUCACACAGAAUGGAUGGAUCAUCUGCUACGCCUGGGCUCUUUUCUUCUAUGGUAUUGGCGUAGGAGGAGAGUACCCUAUGACAGCAACUGCGGGAAUGGAAAAUGGCGUCGGAUCUGGCAAGGUUACUACUCGAACAGAUCGACUGCACCGAGGCCGACAGGUCACCAGCGCUUUCUUGAUGCAGGGUUGGGGUCAAUUCUUCAACCAAGUCUUCCUCAUCCUGUUGCUCUUGGCCUUCCACCACGGCAGCGGGAACGCCCCCUACUCAAAGGUGGCUGUCCAAUUUACUUACCGUGUUUCUUUUGCCAUCCCUGCACUGGGAACGUUAUGGCUAGUCUACUACCGUACUUUCAAAGUCAAAGGAUCGGCCAACAAACAGCUCCGGAUCGCCAAAAAGAAGUCGUCCGUCACAGGCUAUGACACCGAAUCUCUAUCCAUGACCAUGCGCUACUUUGGCGGUCGCCUACUCGCCACAGCAGGAACAUGGUACAUGAACGAUGUGUUCUUUUAUGGCAACAAAUUGUUUCAAAAUGAAUUCAUCAAAGUCAUCACUCCUAACAAUACGUCCAUCAUGCCGGGAUGGCUUUACAACCUGAUCAAUGUCGGCGUCUCGCUCUGCGGAUACUACUUGGCCAGCUUCCUCAUCGACAACAAAAUGUAUGGUCGCAAGCACAUGCAGUCGAUAGGAUUCAUGAUGGACUUUAUUUUGUUCAUUGUUCCAGCAUUCAAUUUCGAGCACUACACUUCAAAGGAGCACAUCAAAGAAUUUCAGGCCAUGUACUUCCUGUCGUCCUUCUUCAACCAAUUCGGACCCAAUUCCGUCACCUUCAUCGCUGCCGCCGAAGUCUACCCGGUUGCCAUCCGUGCCACUGCUCAUGGAUUCUCGGCUGCAGUGGGUAAGCUUGGUGCCCUUACCGCCGCUAUAUUAUUCAACUAUAUCGACACUCAGACCAAAUUUUAUGUUGUUCCAUGGUUUGGUUUGGCCGGUUUGGUCUUGAAUGUUGUUUUCAUGCCUGACACGACGGGUCUCGAUCUCAAAGAGCAGGAACGCCGAUGGGCCUUCAUUCGUGCUGGCCGCGAACAUGAUUACCACGGUAUUGCCAUUCACCCGAAACACUUGAGUCUGUGGGAACGCAUCCGAGGCGUUGGCAAAUAUUACGAUGCCGAUCUUGAUUACAAACAACGAAUCGUCGAGAUGCGUUCUGACUGGGAGUUGAAGAUGCAGGAGAAGUUUGACGAAAAGGCCGGUCGGCUUGACGAUGACGACUUGGACGAUGAAGAUUUCCACGCCGACAUGACUUCUUACUUCAAGCGAUCCACCAGACGUGGGACCUUCAAAGGUGAACACCCGUUGCCUUUUAAAGCGACUGGCCUGGGUGAUGAAGGUCUUUCUGAAAAGCCGAAGCCCAAUGAUGAUAGUGCCACCACGCUCCUCAACACUGGGGCCAAUGGGGCAACGGGAAAUUGAUUUCACUUUUCCAGUCUUGAUAAUGAAGGGGUAGUUGACUUAUGUCAUGGAUGAGUAUCCUAUCAGCCAUGGCCGGGAAAUGAAGAGGUCGCGACAAGCACCGAGGACUUUUGAGAAUUCUUAAAGACAUCACAAGACACGUCAUCAUGGUUAUCGUGGCGUCAAGGCAAGCGUAUGGGGAUCACAUGGCGAUGUAGCACACAAGCCGGAGGCAAUGCAUAAUGAAGAUAAUGAAGACAUUCCAAGAGAAGCUAUUCACAGAACAAAGGUU